CCGGCGUCUGCAGAGCCCGAGGCGCAACUGGUGCGAGGGCUUGAUGCUCGCCUCGCCGUCAGCCCCAGCUCGCGGCCGCCGGGGCUCCGGCCGCGCGCCCGCCGGGUGGCUUUGCUAGGCGGGGGCCAGUUUGCAGAGAGCCGGACAUUUGCAUGAAGCGACUCGACCCCACGGAGCAGCGGCGGACCCGGGCGGCGGCGGCGGCGCGCGGUCGGAGCCCGGCGGCCCUGGUCUCCGGGCCCCGGUGGAUGCGCGGCGGGGGGGCGGCCCAUGGGCCGGAGCUGAGGCUGCCCGGGGUGUCGGGGCGCGGGGCGGGGGGCGCGGUCGAGGCCCGGAGGCGGCGGCGCAGGAGGAAGCGGAGGAGGGCGGGGGGCGCGCCGGGCCCGGGAGGCAGGCAUCGCAGCGCUGCCGCCGCCGCAGCCCCGGGCUCGCCAUGCUCCUGGCCUCGGCCGUGGUGGUCUGGGAAUGGCUGAACGAGCACGGCCGCUGGCGUCCCUACAGCCCGGCCGUGAGCCACCACAUCGAGGCGGUGGUUCGCGCCGGCCCCCGCGCCGGGGGCAGCGUGGUGCUGGGCCAGGUGGACAGCCGUCUCGCGCCCUACAUCAUCGACCUGCAGUCCAUGAACCAGUUUCGCCAGGACACCGGGACCCUCCGCCCAGUUCGCCGCAACUACUACGACCCGACCUCGGCCCCUGGGAAGGGCGUGGUGUGGGAGUGGGAGAACGACAAUGGUUCCUGGACGCCCUACGACAUGGAACUGGGCAUCACCAUCCAGCACGCCUACGAGAAGCAGCACCCCUGGAUCGACCUCACCUCCAUCGGCUUCAGCUACGUCAUUGACUUCAGCACCAUGGGCCAGAUCAACCGGCAGACCCGGCGCCAGCGCCGCGUCCGCCGGCGGCUAGAUCUUAUCUACCCCAUGGUCACCGGCACCUUGCCCAAGGCCCAGUCCUGGCCAGCCAGCCCCGGGCCCGCCGCCGCGCCCCCCGCCCCGCCCUGCGCCUGCCCACAGUGCGUCCUGGUGAUGAGCGUCAAGGCCGCGGUGACCAAUGGGAGCGCUGGGCCCCUGGCGCCCCCGGCUGCCCGCAAGAACGUGCCCGAGUCUGGAGUGCUCAAGGCGCCUCCCCCACCAGGCCCUGGGCCCAAGCCACUGGACAGCACGGGCACCAUCCGAGGCCCGGUGAAGACGGUCCCGUCGCAGGCGAUCCGGCGACACGCCUCCAGCACGCCGGCAGGGGCCAAUGCGGGCUCCCCUGCUAGCCCCCCGGGAGCCAAUGGCAAGACCGGAAGGGUGGCCCUGGCGACCUUGAAUCGGACCAGCCUGCAGCGACUGGCCAUCGCCCAGUCCCGGGUGCUGAUCGCCUCCGGGGUCCCCACCGUCCCAGUGAAGAACCUAAGUGGGUCCAGUCCUGUCAACCCUGCCUUGGCAGGAAUCACUGGGAUCCUCAUGAGUGCGGCAGGGCUGCCUGUGUGUCUCACCAGGCCACCAAAGCUGGUCCUCCACCCGCCCCCUGUCAGCAAGAGCGAAAUAAAAUCCAUCCCAGGGGUUUCCAACACAAGCCGCAAGACCACCAAGAAACAAGCCAAGAAAGGUAAAACCCCAGAAGAAGUGCUGAAGAAGUAUCUGCAGAAAGUCCGGCAUCCACCAGACGAGGACUGCACCAUCUGUAUGGAGUGCCUCACGGCCCCCUCGGGCUACAAGGGUCCACAGCCGACGGUCAAGCCUGACCUAGUGGGUAAGCUGUCCAGAUGCGGCCACAUCUACCACAUCUACUGCCUGGUCGCCAUGUACAACAACGGCAACAAGGAUGGGAGUUUGCAGUGUCCAACCUGUAAGACCAUUUAUGGGGUGAAGACAGGUACCCAGCCUCCAGGGAAGAUGGAGUACCACCUCAUUCCCCACUCUCUGCCUGGCCACCCAGACUGCAAAACCAUCCGGAUCAUCUACAGCAUCCCCCCUGGCAUUCAGGGGCCAGAACACCCAAAUCCUGGGAAAAGUUUCAGCGCCCGUGGCUUCCCACGACACUGUUACCUUCCAGACAGCGAGAAAGGGAGAAAGGUCCUGAAGCUGCUGCUUGUGGCCUGGGACCGCCGUCUCAUCUUUGCCAUCGGUACGUCCAGCACCACGGGCGAGUCCGAUACCGUCAUCUGGAAUGAGGUCCAUCACAAGACAGAGUUUGGCUCUAAUCUCACUGGCCACGGCUACCCAGAUGCCAAUUACCUGGAUAAUGUGCUGGCUGAACUGGCUGCCCAGGGCAUUUCUGAGGACAGUGCCGCCCAGGAGAAGGACUGAACCGGAGGGGCUUUGGGGUGGGAGAGGCCACGGGACCACAGGUCAGGAAGUGGGGAGAGUCAAGGUGGAAGUUGGCGCCAUGCCCUCCCAACUCCCUGUCUCCCCUCCUGUCCUGUCUCCACCCCCCAUCCCUCCCAGCCCCAGGCUGCGGGGAGCAGCCAGAAUGAAUAAGGUGGUGUCAUCCACAAACCUCAUCCAACGCAAAGGGGACGUGGGAUGAGGGCCAGCCUCAGUCUGUUCCCAUGGAGUUUUUGGUGCUGGGUAGGCAGGGACCCCCCCCUCACCCCCCUAAGCAGGGGGCAUGGGUAGCGCGCUUAGGGUAUGGGCAACUCCUCAUCCUGGCCUUGUGAAGCCGGAGGUUCAUGCCCCAGCCGGCUUGUUGCUGCUCCCAUUCUGCUUCGAGAGCGGAGUUUCCGCUUUUCUCUCCUCCACUGGAGGGAGGAGCUCUCACUGUGCAAGACUGGGGGGCAAAGCGGUGAACCGCGAAACUGCCGUGACGUCAGAAAUCCAUGCCUCGGUGUACAGCAAGGAAGCGCUUCUUGCCAAGGGGGUCAGGGUGGCACAGGCUCCUGGGAGCAGGCUCAGCUCUCAUCAUCGCCCUGGCUUCUCUGGGCCCUCCCUCCUCCUCCCACCUUUGACCUGUCCAAAGAGGCAUCCAGAUGAAAAGGCUCUGGGAUUCCUCUCUGGGGCGGCAUCCCACGAUGCCUCCGGCCCCUCUCUGAUCAGACCCGAGCCUGCAUCCAACUUAGCAUCUGAACAGUCCUCAGGGAGAGGAGCCCAUAGCCUUCUUCCCAACUCAUCCCAGGCCAGCUCAAAGAUUCCAUGAGUUUCAUCCAGUCACUGUGAGUGGAGCCCAGGCUGGGCUCUGUGCCAUCUGUGUGCGUGCAUAUAUGUGUAUGUGCAUGUGCGUGUGUGCGCGUGUGUGCACUGCUGGGCCAGGUUGGUGGAGGGUCCCAUCGUGUUCUCACACUGUGUUUUGCAAGAUGUCAAACCCCCAAUUCUGAUGGGGAUGAAACAGCCAGGCUGUGGGCCCUUGACUUGCCUCACCCUUUGCCAGCCCAUCCCAUAGUAAACUUGGACCCAGAAGAAGACAGAACUCUGCUUGGGAAGAUGUGUAAGGUGAGGGCUGGACUGACCCCUUUGUAUAUCUCUUUCAAGAUGAGGUCUGAGGCACACUACGAGGGCUUCAAUCUGUCUCCGUGCACAUUUGCUAAUCAGAGCCCGGAGGUGCUGCUGGGCCCCUCACCUCCCUCAUCGAUUACAGGAUGACCCAGAGCGUGAGGGAGACUCUAGCCCAUUCCCAGCAGGAUUGGGGCCACAUUAGGGUCCAGUCCAACCUGUGUCUGGGUUGUGUCCCAGGACCCUGUCUAUCCCCUCCCUGACAUUCCCUUCAGCUCCCAUUAAGGAAGGAAUUGUGUGUCAGGGAGGAGAAGGGUGAUCAAGAAGGGAAACCCAGGCUUCCGUGGUGGCGCAGUGGUUGAGAGUCCGCCUGCCGAUGCAGGGGACACGGGUUCGUGCCCCGGUCCGGGAAGAUCCCACAUGCCGCGGAGCGGCUGGGCCCGUGAGCCAUGGCCGCUGAGCCUGCGCGUCCGGAGCCUGUGCUCCGCAACGGGAGAGGCCGCGGCAGUGAGAGGCCCGCGUACUGCUGAAAAAAAAAAAAAAAAAAAAAAAAAAAAAGAAGGGAAACCCAAUCCUCCCUUUGAAAGUGGGUUCUUUGAACUACGUGUUUAGGGGAAGUUCCUCUGGAUACUAAUUUGAAUUUAUAUACCUCAUGUUUGGGGGGUUUGACGUAUAUAUAUGCAUAUAUAUUUCAUAGUAUUUGGAAGGUUUUCGAUGCUAGAAAGAUGGAAAUGGAAGAACCUUCAAAAAUGGUAUUUAAGUUCGAAGCAGAAGCCAAGCUUUUCUGAGAGCGGGCUCCGAGCUGCUUGCUCUUAGGCCUGCAGGCGUUUUGACUGUAGGGUGGCCAGUGGGUUCACCUGGGUGUCACCCAGCUUCUGGGUCACGCUCCCCUCCUUUUCCAAAUGGCUAUAGGGGUGUUAAUCGGCUCCAGCAGAGGGAACCCUGACAGGAGGAACUGUUCCUGCUGGCUGAGUUCCAGUCUCGCCCAUCAGUCAUUUAUCUCCCCAGCAGACCAGGGCCUGAGUUCACCGCACCAUGGGGCCGUUUCCUGCCACAGCGGGGAAGGAAACACCUGAACUCAAUGGACGAGACAUCCCUGCAGCUUUUGAUGUCACGUCCAUGCCCUCUGCCAGGCUAAGGCUACGCCGUGCCAGAGAUGAGCCUCAUUAUAAGCCUAGUGCCAUCCCUACCUUCAUUCAGCACCCUUGCCAAGUAUCCACUGGGUUCCUCACCCACGUGGGAUGAGGAAACAGCCUGAGCGUCAAUGGGUAGAUAGAGCUGUGCAGUAGGAGAUGGGAAAGAAAGGAGAAUGCUUUGACAACUGGCAGAGGGCAGUGGGCAGAGAUUGAUUUCCCUGGAUCAGGCAGAAGAAGGUGUGGGUGGAGAAGGGGACGGCCAAGAGCAGAAAGAAGAGGAUGUAGGGACCAUGUAAGGCAGGCAGUGUGCCAGGGGCAAUACCCCUGUGAGAGUUCAUCUUCGAACCUUCAAGCCUUCCCCCCUCUACGGCACUGAUCGUAUCGGUGCCCCGCGUCUCUUGCUCUCUAAGGACGCUCAGUAGGGGCUACCUCAUCCUCAUGCUGCUCCUUUUGUGGGACCUUCUCAGAAGAAGGAAUCUUAAACUUCCUUCCGAACACUGUGUCAGGCAAGGUGGGAGGCAUCCCUUUGCCCUCUCUCUCGUGCCAACCUGGAAAGGUACAGUCUCGGGUUCGGUGAGAACCCCCGCCAGCAGAGGCCCUGUGCAUCCAUCACUUUGACACAGGAAGUUCUCCCACCGGAAGCCCUGCUGUGUUCCCUGCCCCGUGCAGGGAAUUUCAUGCCUUUCCUUUCAUCGUCUUAGCACCAGCAGCCUAGUCUCUCCCUUCCUGAGUCUCCAGCGAUGACACACGGGAUUGGAGACAAACCUUGUUAUAUUCUCAUCCCUUAGAAGAUGAAUCGUGUAUGUGUAGUUGUGUGUGCCUUUGUGUUUUCAUCCCCCUUUUGUAAAGCUUGGACUUCUCUGUGGUUUUAUACUUGGUCAAAAGUGCUCGUCCUGGUAUUGCACUGUUGUGGGCAUGAGAGGAUUGGGGGAAGGUCCCGUGUGGUACAAGAAAGGGCCCUGUCCUCUUUCCUUGUUUGUGGCCACUGGCAUUGAUGGGGAGCGGGGAGGAGGUGGGUCUGGGAGAGGGCAGGUGAAUGUCCUGUUGCAAAUCGUUGUUUGAAACCAGCGUGCUUUGAAGUCCUUGGUGUUGCUCUGUGAGAGGACAUCGCCACCUGGUGCUCAUGAGGUGUAUGUGCAGAACAAUAAAUGGUAAAUGAACAACCACAAAAUUGCCGUCAACCUGCUUUCUGUAGACCAGUACACCGACCUGUGAGGCAUUUGGGGUACCUCCCCAAGUCCGUAAGCAACCACAAGCCCUUCCACUGAACGGGAGAGUCCCUUUUUCUAAUUUUUUCACAUCUUUUCUACCCACACGUUUGACCAAGUUACCUAGCUUGACUUCUUGUUCCUCUAAAGGAACAGACCACGUGGCAGGGGAAGUAAGUAAGUGAAACCGUGGGGGAAAGACCGUCUUAAAAGCCAUGAACCUUUGCUUCUUAAAGUUCCCUUCACCUGACUACAAUAUCGUGUAUGUUUCAAUAGUUUACAGGCUGUUGUUUUUCAAAUACAUGUUUAGUAUUGAUCAUCUCGAUACUAAUGAGAUCACAAAAAUAAAAUGCAA